UACCAUAGCUCAGUGAUAACAUGCAACUUCAAUUUAAGCUGCUCCAAAUACGGCAAUUUGGUCAAGUUGAAAUACUGUCCGCUAAUUUGUUCGACGUCUUUUACUCUUGCGCUAUACUGCAGUAGUAGCUCUUUCUGGGACUGCAAAACAGUAAAUUUGAUCAUUGGGCCAAGUCUUCUAUGUGUUUAACUGACCAGGCAGUUAUGAUCGAUUUCCACGUGAGGUAAAAUGAAGGAUAAGGCCUCAGUGUCUUCUGACUUUUCACAAUAAGGUCCAUUUUCUGACCAAUUCUUCUUGCAUGCAAUUAAAAUCCGAAAUAUAUGAGUAGGCUCGGUUCCUCGCUUCAAGGUUUCUGUGCCCUGUAUGGUCUGGCUCAUCCGAAUACACCAUCAUAAGACCCGGACGACUUUCAUCAUCCAUUUGAAGCCAUUUCAUUAUCGCAUCAAAUCGUUCUUGGAGAGGUUGUCCGCUUUUGUAAAUUGUCCUAUAAUCUGCCUGUAUAUACCGUGUGCUAUUAUGUUGUGA